AUGCGCCCGCUCGGCCCGCCCCGGCCCGCCCCGGCGCGCAGAGCGGAGCGGCCAUGGUACGCUCGCUCAACUCCAUCGUGGCCGUGAGCCAGAACAUGGGCAUCGGCAAGGACGGGCGGCUGCCCUGGCCGCCCCUCAGGAACGAGUACAAGUAUUUCCAGAGAAUGACGAGCACGUCCCACGUGGAAGGUAAACAGAAUGCUGUGAUAAUGGGUAAAAAAACGUGGUUCUCCAUUCCUGAGAAGAACCGUCCUUUGAAAGACAGAAUUAAUAUUGUGCUCAGCAGGGAGCUCAAGGAAGCCCCGAAAGGAGCACAUUAUCUUUCCAAAAGUCUGGAUGACGCUUUGGCUCUUUUGGAUUCACCAGARUUACAAAGUAAAGUAGACAUGGUUUGGAUCGUGGGAGGCUCUGCAGUGUACAAGGCAGCAAUGGAGAAACCAAUUCAUCACCGACUGUUUGUGACAAGAGUCUUGAAGGAAUUUGAAAGUGACACGUUUUUUCCAGAAAUUGACUAUAAAGUCUUCAAGCUUCUCACCGAGUACCCAGGUGUCCCUGCYGGUAUCCAAGAAGAGAAUGGGAUCCAGUACAAAUUUGAAGUGUAUGAAAAAGCUGUCGUGGCACCAUAAGUGAGGCAUUCUGUACUUCSCUGUAAGGGCAGGCAUUUUAAAUCACCUAGUCUUACUGCGUGUUAAGAUAUAUUAAAUUUUUGAAGAAACUCAUGUCUGAUAAUAAAAUACCUCAGUAGUGAAUGGUUCCCAAACCCACACCCCACAGCCCCAAGGUACACUCUGCAGUGGGAAGGGGRUCUGCAGUGUGAAGGAGGUAGAUCUGAGCAAAUCCUCAACAAAGGUUGCAUGAGAUCUCACAUUGACCUUACAGCCCAUGGCAGCAUCCCAGACAAUUCUAUGGGUAAUGAAAGGCGUUAGAAUGUGUCAGAGUUUUUCUACUGAAACCAAGGGUUUUARUAUCUCCUUGUCCAAAACAUCCAGCAAUGGGAAAGCAUCAGUCUUCCCCAGUUUCCCAUCAGUCUUCCCCAGUUUUGACUGUCAUGUUGUAUACAUUUAUAACAGCCUUUAAAAUGUAGUGGUGUAGAAGGAAGGUUAGGCCCACUAGGAGAAGGAGGGUCUGGAAGUCUCACGAGGCAGGUGAGGAAUGCCCUGACCCUUUCUGUCCCUCCAGGAAGUGAGKGUAGCAGGAUCACCAGUGCUGCUACACCUGCUCAGGUGGGCUCCACACAGRCUCCCACAGGGUCACAGCCUCCUUCAUGCGUCUCCUGCUC